UGCGGGCUGCGCGCUGGGCGCGGCCGGAGCGCCGCUGCGCUCUCUUCGGGUCCCCCUUUGACUUGGCGGCCAUUUCAGAGAUGUCUUCCAGAAGUCCUAAAGAUCUAAUUAAGAGUAAGUGGGGAUCAAAGCCUAGUAGCGCCAAAUCAGAAACUGCAUUAGGAAAACUGAAAGGAGCAGUGGAUGAACUUACAAGUGGAAAAGGAAAAUUUACUGAAAAAGAGAGACACAGAUUUUUGGAGAAAAUUCAAGUUCUUCAGGCUGAAAGGGAGAGAAAUGUUUAUCAGCUUGCGGAGAAAGAAAAAGAAAUACAGCGACUCAGAGACCAGCUGAAGUCCAGAUGUAGUACCAGUGCUUUGCUGGAACAGUUGGAAGACAAAACGAAGGAAGGUGACAGAAUGGAACAGUUACUUAAAUCCUUAUCUGAAGAAACAGAUUCAUUGAAGAAACAGUUAUCUGCUACAAUGGAAAGACUUGGGGAAUUUGAAAACCAAGCCAGUGCACUUCAUUUAUCACAGGCUAUGGCUGCAAGCUCACCAAUGAAUAAUGCUCACGAGUUGGAAAUACAGCUGAAAGAUGCUCUGGAGAAAAAUCAGCAGUGGCUUGUGUAUGAUCAGCAGCGAGAGGCCUUUGUUAAGGGGCUGUUAGCAAAGAUCUUCGAGCUGGAGAGAAAAAUGGAAACAUCUGUUCCUUCACCCCCACAGCAGACAAAAAAGGCUGAAUCAGAAGGUGAUCUCCAAGAAGAGAAGCAGAAGUAUUACAGCCACCUGUUGGCAAAGGCCACAAGGGAUCUUGAGGUUGAAAGAGAAACCCUAAGUCGGUUGAGUUUGGAACUUAAUGAAUUUCAAAAAAAAUAUGAAGAAGCCCAAAAAGAAAUUCAAGAUUUAAAUCAGUUGCUGUGCUCACAAAGAAGGGCAGAAGUACAACAUCUGGAAGAUGACAGGCAUAAAACAGAGAGAAUAGAAAGACUCAAGGAACAGAAUAAUACUGCCAGGAAAGAACUUGAAGAAGAGAGGAAGCGAUCUGAAGAGCUUUUGUCUCAGGUCCAGCUUCUUUACACAUCUCUGGUAAAACAACAAGAGGAACAAACAAGGGUGGCUCUAUUGGAACAACAGAUGCAGUCAUGUGCUUUAGACUUUGAAAAUGAAAAAAUUGACCGCCAAAAUAUGCAGCACCAAUUGCACAUAAUUCUUAAGGAACUCCGAAAAGCAAGAAAUCAAAUAACACAGUUGGAAUCCCUGAAGGCACUUCAUGAGUUUCCCUUCUCAGAGCCAUUAGUCCCUUUCCGAGGAGAUACCGCAAGCAAAGUAAAAGCUGCCUCCCCAAAAAGUCCCAGCGCCGCCCUGAACGAGAGCCUGGUGGAGUGCCCCAAGUGCAGCGCGCAGUACCCCGCCACCGAGCACCGGGAGCUGCUUGUCCACGUCGAGUACUGUUCACAGUAGCCUGUGGUCCCCUGGUUUGUGCCGGAAGAUUCCGUGUUGCGUCUUCUGCUGUUUGCUUAUGGGCGCUCCCAAUUACCCACUCCACCUCUGGCUUAAAAACGGCUUAUCUGCCUUUGACACUGGGCGUGUGAAUGAAUCAUUGCGUGUUUGGCUGCUUCGCAUUUUUCUUUACGGGAUUUCUCCGAGGGAUGGCUUAUCACCAGGCUGCAGUGACAGCAUGUGCUGAGCAGUGUGCACCGAGACUACUAAGGUUUUGCAUGGAUGAAGAGCUUGAUAAAGAAAAGAUAGUUUGGGUGGUUGGUUAUGGGUUAAAUCUUUUAUACCAGACAAAAGAAUAUACUAUGUGGGAUUUUUAAAAAUCAAAGAUAAUUAACUGUUGAUAUUUUAUAUCUAAGCUCUUAUAGCAACAAUUCUAAUUUUAAUAACCAUUGGUUCAUUUUUUCUUUGCUGUUAUUGAGCAGUUAAUACAAAUGUUGCGAAUUUUUAUAAUCCUUAUUGCUGCUUGCUUUUGAAGCUGUAAACCCAACUAUAUACAAAGAACAAAACUGAUUGUGCUUGAGGAAUACUCUUGGUACUAGCCACAUACAAUGUUUUCUCUCAUGGUGUCUAAAUAUAACUUUUAACUUGAAGGCACGCAUUGGUCAGGGAAGCUGGCUAAAACUGACUUUAACAACUGUCUAACCUUCUUUGAUUUGGAGGUAUUUUCUUUUUUAUUAUGUCUGGCACUCCUACAUCUGUGUAAUGUGAUUCUUAGAUAUUUUCUCAAUAGAUAUAUUUAUACAUGCUUUGUAUAAACCUAAAAAAGAACUGUUUU